CUUUAAGACUCCAGGCUUAGGCUUGGAGACCCCAGCCACCAUCAUUGAGCCCAGCAGCUGGAGCGGCAGCGAAAGCCCUGCCGAAGACAUUGAAAGAAUGAGUGAUUCUGCAGAUAAACCUAUUGACAAUGAUGCAGAAGGUGUCUGGAGCCCUGACAUUGAACAGAGCUUUCAGGAGGCUCUAGCUAUCUAUCCACCAUGUGGGAGGAGGAAAAUCAUCUUAUCAGAUGAAGGUAAAAUGUAUGGUAGGAAUGAAUUGAUAGCCAGAUACAUCAAACUUAGAACAGGGAAGACACGGACCAGGAAACAGGUGUCUAGUCACAUACAGGUCUUAGCAAGAAAGAAAGUUCGAGAAAUUCAAGCCGCCAUUAAGGUGUCUAGUCACAUUCAGGUUCUUGCCAGAAGGAAAUCUCGUGAUUUUCAUUCCAAGCUGAAGGAUCAGACUGCAAAGGACAAGGCACUUCAGCACAUGGCAGCAAUGUCAUCCGCUCAGAUCGUAUCAGCUACUGCUAUACACAACAAGUUGGGCCUGCCAGGAAUUCCCCGUCCUACGUUUCCUGGUGCACCUGGGUUUUGGCCAGGAAUGAUACAAACAGGGCAGCCGGGAUCCUCACAAGAUGUAAAGCCAUUCGUUCAGCAGGCCUAUCCUAUUCAGCCAACAGUCACAGCUCCCAUUUCAGGGUUUGAGCCUGCAUCAGCUCCAGCACCCUCAGUUCCCGCUUGGCAGGGUCGAUCCAUUGGUACAACCAAACUCAGACUGGUGGAAUUCUCAGCUUUUCUUGAACAACAGAGAGACCCAGAAUCAUACAACAAACACCUCUUUGUGCACAUUGGACAUGCUAACCAUUCUUACAGUGACCCAUUGCUUGAAUCGGUGGACAUUCGUCAGAUUUAUGACAAAUUUCCUGAAAAGAAAGGUGGUUUAAAGGAACUCUUUGGGAAGGGCCCCCAGAAUGCCUUCUUCCUAGUAAAAUUCUGGGCUGACUUAAACUGCAACAUUCAAGAUGAUACAGGAGCAUUUUAUGGAGUAACUAGUCAAUAUGAGAGCUCAGAAAAUAUGACAAUCACCUGUUCCACCAAAGUCUGCUCAUUUGGAAAGCAAGUAGUAGAAAAAGUAGAGACGGAAUAUGCAAGGUUUGAGAAUGGCCGGUUUGUGUACAGAAUAAACCGCUCUCCAAUGUGUGAAUAUAUGAUCAACUUCAUACACAAGCUCAAACAUUUACCAGAGAAAUAUAUGAUGAACAGUGUAUUGGAAAAUUUUACAAUUUUGUUGGUUGUAACAAACAGGGAUACACAAGAAACCCUACUCUGUAUGGCUUGUGUAUUUGAAGUUUCGAACAGUGAACAUGGAGCACAACAUCACAUCUACAGGCUUGUAAAGGACUGAGCAGUUAUUUAUAUAUACACUUCAUUAUACUUCUUUAUCAAAAACACAGACUGUAAACCUCAACACUAAGUGGCAGUGCCUCUGGCCCGGCUUUCACCCACAUUUUUCUAAAUCCUGUUUUAGUGAAGUCAUUUUUAAUGUGUUCAUAUAUAAUUGUAGCUGUGAAAUUCUGGUACAGUUGUAAAAAAUUCUGUCUAAAACUAAGUGUUCUUCAAAUUUGUAAACGACAGUUCUUUGGGAAGACUGUAUUUAAGAACCUAAUGCCUUUGUCUGUGGAGGCUUUAUUUUUAAUUGUGAUAGAAAAAAUGUAAGACAGAGCAUUUGCCAUGGGGAAAACUUACAGCAUUAUAAGAAUUUAUUUAGGGUUUUUGUUUUGUUUUUUUUCCAAAAUAAAAUACUUAUUUACGAUGCAAGUGAAAUUGAAAUGAAUCUUUAACUAUAACUGUAAAUUAGUACACAAAGUUAAUAAUCUUUAUAGAUUUAUCUUUGUAACUAAUUAGAGUGGAAGAUAUGGACGAAUGUUAAUUCACUAAAUUAUUUUUUUAAAAUGAAACAUUUUUCUGUUUGAAACCAAAUGAUAAAUAUAGCCUUAAGAAAUGCAUGAUAGAAACAAGCAGGUCCUAAAAUUAGGCAAAUUUUGUAUUUUUUUUUCUCAAUGUUAAAACUAAUCUUCUAAUUCAUUAAACUUUCCAACAGGUAUUGCAGAGAAGAGAACAUCAACCCUUAUACUUAACGUAUCUAGUGUAUUUUUAAAAUAUAAAGUUGUGUUAUACUAAUAUGGAGAUUUGAUUAUUUAAUGAAAAAAUGAUGGUUCAUUUUGCAAUAAGUAGGUAAAUACUGAAAAUUUAGACUUACAUUGUAUGUAGUCUUGUGUGUGCAGUUAUAUUUUAUACGGACAAUUAUAUUUUCUGUUGAGUGAAAAAUUUGCAAUACCAAAAUUAACAAACAUAGGGGGAAACAAUUGACAUUAUUACUGCAUUGCAAAUAAUCUGUAAACUGCAAACUAGAAAAAGUAAUGUGGUUGAGAGAAGAAUACAUAGGCCAGUAAAAGCCUCAUCAGCUUUAAUGUCGUAGGGAUGCUAGAAAAUCACAACCAUCAUCAGGUAAAACAGAUUCGAAGGGUUAUGUUCUUUCUUUUCUCAUUCUUCAUGAUGUUCCGGCACAUAUAUUAUCCCAGUUCUGUCACCAGUCUCAAACAAGACAUGAUGCAUUUAGUACUAGUAGGCAGUGCAUGUAGGACACCCAUCAAUACCACUUAGGGUCUGAUUGCCUUUCACAUCCAGAAUACACAGAUGUGCAUUGUUCAUCCCUCUGAUUAAUAAACUGAAAAGUAGGUAGUUCAGAGAAGAUUCUAUCAUAGAGUGAAUUGAAGAGAUUUUAAUACUAAUAAGGAUUAAAAGUGUGGUGGGUGUGAAUAGUUUUCUGGGAUACACACAUGCCCCAUGUUCUCUGAUUCUUAUUGGCACAGCCUGUCCUUAGUAUUACUCAGAUUCUGCCCCUCUGCCAUCCAUUCAAUCACUGCCGUUUCACUGCCCCAUGCAACAUUAAUAUUAAAAGUACUGGGAGGAGAAAUGGGUUAUAAUGGGAAAUAACUAGGCUAAAACAUUGCAAUCCAUUUGGCAAACCACAAAUCCUAACAGGACAUAUCAAACAGAGGUUACAAGGUAAGAUGCAUGGCCGCUGCAGACAUCCAAAAAACACAUUUAUCAGAGGCUCGGUAAGUCUUAGGGAGCCAUGAGUAGGGCACAGAAAUAUGUUCAACAGUUCUCUUCUCAGCUGCAGUUUUCAGGCAUGUGCCUAUGUGUAAUUAGAAUCUUGAAUUUGCCCCAGGUAUAAUAUAUUGGUUUACAGUUUUAAUUUUUAUGACACUGUCAUUCUAAAAAGUGCCCUCAGUUAUAGCCGCAUAAAUAUAGAUGAAUAUUCUUAGUCAGUAUACUGGCUAGAAGAGCAAUCAGUAUUUGUAAUGUGCAGCAAGUUAUGGGUUGUUGAAUGUUUGCCUUUCAUUGUGUUAAUCUUUAAUACUGUUAGGAUUUACAUUAGAGGAAGGGGCCAGCAUCUGGGGGGAGGGGUUUCAAUUCCUUAGGCUAUAAAACAUCUGAUCUGUCUAACUAUAAAGGUGGGUGAUUGCUGUGAUGUCUAGCUGUCAUAUUAUUCUACGUGAGGAUAUUAGAGCUGAUGAAUCUUUUAAUUGUUUAUAUUCUGUCAAGCAUAAAAUUUGAUGUCCAUGUCAUAAGAUCUCUUAAUACAUUUAUAACACUAACAAUCACAUCAAGAAAAGCACUGUAUUGUAACAGCCUAACGGUAGCUCUUUAUUCUAAGCACUUGGUGUUUACAAGUCAAAAAACUACUUCUUUUGUUUUGGUUCUAAAAUUUGUCUCCUAUUUAGGUUUUUGAAUUGUGGUUUUGAUGGAUUUUUUUCUAACAAAUUCUUUGAGGAGUAUAAAAUAUAGAAUUCAAUUUGCAAAACCAGGUACAGAUUUUUUAUACAAUCUGGCACACUACAUAUGUCAUAACUAUAGGGUAUAAAAAGUCCACAGUGUUUAUUGGUGUUCACAUUUGUAAUGUUAGGAGAAAGAUUUGCAUUGUCUUUAUUUUACACUUAUGUAAAUGAUCUAAACCCUGCAUGUGUUUCAUUCUUAAAAGCCUUAAGUCCUUCAAUAUAUAUCGGGGAGUGUGUAGUCCAAAAGGCUGCCUGUAAACUGUGAGCUCUUUUGUAAGCUGGAAGAAUUUAUCUUGUUACUGUUACUUUUUCUAGGAACUUUUUAAUUCAGAGCUGCCAAAGCAUUACAAUAUGCAGUGCCUUAGUGUUGUAUUAGAAAUACCUUUAGCCUCUUGAAUCAAUUUUAUAUGUGUUUUAUUAAUUGGUUCCAUUUAAAAAAAAAAUAUUUUCCCCCUCCACAAGAAGCUCUUUGAUUACUUGGUCUAAACCUUCAGCAUAGUCAGAUCCCAUUAUUACACAAUGAAAUGUCUAUACCAAAAUGAAAGGUUACAACUUCAUAGUUUUCUGUGAAAAAUGAAUUGUACUAAUAAUGCUGCCUUUUUAAAUUUCAUGACCAAAUACUUAACUAUUUGUGACUCUUCUGCACUCUAGCAUGAAAGUGCCUUUGGUUUGAAAUUCCAGCUUAGAAAAGUGCUGCCAUAAUAACGACUAUUUGUAGAGAGACCAAAAAUAUUAAGUGAUCACCAUAAUGCCUUUGGUUUAUUGGAAUAAGUCAAAACUACAGGCCUCCAUUCACGAAAGAGCAUCAUUUAUGCUAAUGUCAUUUUGCAAAUCACCAGAUUGCAUAAUGCUGGAAAAUAAUCUAUAUGCCAUUUAACUGUUUGACAUAGAUUUGCAACAUUGUAACCCAGUGACUGAUUUGUUUAUAAUAUAAAAAUGAUCAGUGAUUCACCUUUUUCAUCUUUUCAUCCAGUCUUGCAUCUGAGUAAUGUGAUGUCCAUAUAAACGACCGAAUUUCAGACAGUGGAUAAAUGUGACUUUAUUAUUCUAUUCUGAUAAAUAUUUCAGUGUCUGUGAAGGUUUCUUCUGUAUCCUAAUUUUGCACUUAUUUUGUUUACAAAGUCAAGUGUUCUGAAAGUCAGAUGCAUAAAAUUUGAGAUGAAAGUACAGAAAAAAAAUUAAUUGAAGUAAAUGUAAUUUGACAUGUGCUUAUUAGCAUCAUAAUGUUAAGCAUGAGCACUGUUAGAUGAAGGUGCUGUGUGGAAAACUGCCUGCAGCACCAUUCCAAACUCUGUUUUUUUCCAAGCACUGUCUCAGUGCAGGAAAGGCAGCUCCUUUAAAUAAUGUGUCUGCUUUUGACACAUUCUGUGAAUUGGGGCCAUAGUGUACACUAGAGGUGAAAUUGACAGGAAGAGGAGCAAGAUUAAAAAAAAAAAAAAAAAAAUAUCAGCCAAACCAAAAGCUGGCAAAUGGAUUAUAUAGUUGUGAAUACAAUUUCAGUGUGAUUUUUAAAUAUUUGAUGAAAACUAAGAUUAACUUUUAUAUAUAAUAUUGUGACACUCUAUGGUAAAUAUUGUGAUAAUUCAAGUGCCCUGUCUCUAAAAAACUUUUUUUUUUUUCCCUCCAAGGUCUAAAUCUCAUUUACCUUCCUCACACAAAUAGCCCUGUUGAACUCAAUAAGGCUGGGAUAAGGUAAAGAGGAUUUGGCCCCAAAAGUACAGCAUGUGUUUACAGUUAUUAAAUAUAACUGCUGGGAGAAAGAUUUGAUAACAAUUGUGAUAAACAGUAGUUUAUUGCGAAGUCAAUUUAAUCCUAUUAUUUCCUAUCUCAUUGUACAAAAGUUCAAAUAAGAAUAAUGGUACCAUUUUUGGCAGUUCAAAAAAUUACUACUAACAAAUGUAGUUUUACUUACUUGAAUUCUAAAAUGAUUUAUUUAGGUACUGUACCACUAUUUUAAAGAAGUUACACAUCUUAUGCUUGUUUCUCCACUUUCCCCUUCUGCUGUAGCUACAGCCAUUCCGUUUGGCAAUAGCUCCACACUCAACAAACUCACUGCUUUAUAUGCUCUUAAUGAAAGAACAAAAGGGUGUCUGUUAACAUUAAAUGCAAGUAACUGACGAAUAGAUGUCAGAUAUAACAUUUGACAAGUUGAUUCGUUUCUAUUUAUUUUCCCAUUCUAAUUCUUAGACAUGCUUGCUUUCCAUCAAGUUUUACUGGAUCAUUCAGAACCAGGAAUGUUUAAUGUAAUGUUUAACAUGACCCACAUUAAUACGUGUACUACUCAGUCACUCAACAUGCAUGGUAGUAGAUUCCAGUUUCUCAGGAUGAUUUUUUCCCCCUAUCUUUCUUGAUGGUUUUUUUUUUAACCCCCCUGAAAGAUUGAGGGUAGGUAAUUCAGAGUUCAAAAAUACUUGGGAGAUCUUGGUCUCUAACUUUUCAGGUCAAUCUUGCUGAGAUCAUGUGAUUAAUUUUACUGUGUAAGUUAACUCUUAAAUGCACUCAGCUGACAAAGAAAGAUGUGUCCCUGUUACCUCCUUACAAAAUGUGUGUGUUUGCUUUUGUUUUUUGUAUGGGCCUCUUUGCUUCAGGCUCUUGACUGCAGACAAAAAAUACAAUAUGUGCCUGAAAAAAAAAGACAAAAGAAUUUUAUAACACUUAAAAACCUGAAUAGCCUUUAAUCCUUCAAUAUCAGUACAUUUUAUGUAAAACAGUUUUGGUUUUUUGUUGCCAUGUGCAUUUGUUCACAUUUGUAAAUGACUUAAUGGAAUUCUCACUUUGUUUAUUUGUGUAAUGUGUAUAAACUGGGUUUGUGACUUAAGCAUAUUCAUAUAUGGUCAGUGGUUACUUUAAUAUUGUACUGCUGCUGGUAACUUUUGAUGUAGAACCUGCCUUUUGAUGAUAAAGUACCUCUUGAUUAGACAGGGAGGGAAAGCUCUGAUAAAAGUGAAUGUUCUCAAAUGUUUUUUUAACAUAUUUGCAGAAGCUUUCAAAAGGAGUUUCAGUCAAACCUCUUGGCAGUACAGUAAUCUUGUAUUUGUUAUUGUCUGUGUGUAGGUACUGGUACCUUUUUUGUUUAAAAAUGUUUUAAGUGUUGGCUUUAAAGUGACUUUAUCUUUAGUACGAUAGUAAUAUGAAAAUUAUAGGUUUUGUGUGCAGAGAAUUUUUUUAUAAAGUGCUUUGUAAAAAAAAAUGUAUUCUAGCUUUUGCGGUACAUAUGUGUGAUAACUUUAAUAUCCAUGACAGUUAAGUGCAAUUAUUUCAUCACUCUAAAAAUGCUAUUUUUGUGUCGGUUACUGCAGGUGUUUUCAUGUCUUUGCAACGUGACACAUUUUGAUGCCUUCUUGAUAAAGUGGUAGAAUUUUUGUAGCUUUCUAGAAACUUUGUAUUCAUACAGUAUCGAUUGAAAAUAAAGAAAAUGAAAGUG